CAGUGUUCAUUCAGAAGUGCAAACAGUUGCAUCUGUCAUUUCUCCACGAAACAAGUGAAAAGCUUUUCAGGCACGCGAACAUCAAUUUAAUAGUCUCCUUAUAACAGCGUCGCGUAUACUGUAUGUACUGAUUACGUGUUUCAGAUGCUACAUAUAUGGAGCCGUUCAAGCAUUAAUAACCUUAUCAAAAUUUAACAUGAACUUUGAGUCGAGUUGGCAUCAUUAGAGCAAGCGAAAAUAGCUUUUAGUUUUUGGCGCUGGCUAGAACCGUGAAGUCGGAUUUCUAAUCUCAAGAGCAACGGACCUAUAGUGUAAACAAAAACUGGAAACAGGUUGUUGCCAAGAACAGAAUAAGAGAAACCUGGAUUAAACCAAAAAAAAACAUUGGAUUCACAAGUUCUUAGAUUCAGUUAAUGUUUUAAGGAUGCAAUUUGUAUUAGUAUUUUCCCUGCUCCUGGCUGGAACUUUCUAUUCCCAGCUAAAAUUAGCUGAGACAUCUAAAAUACUGGCCGUGUAUGCGUUUCCAGGCAAAUCACAUUUUAUGAUGCACAAAGCUUUGAUGAGGGAACUCGUCGAAAGUGGCCAUCAGGUGACCAUGGUGACUGCCUUUUCUUUGGAGAAAGAGCAGCUGGGGAGCAACUACACGGAGAUCUUGAUAGAACCGGUCUACGAUUUCUGGCAUGAUGUUAAGCUGAACUUCGGAGCCCAGCACUUGUUCGAGCUGACCCGCAUGAACAACUAUGAUUUUCUGAAAAUGCUAGAGAUUAUCGGGCUAAAAACCACGGAACAUGCUCUACGGCAGCCCAAGGUUCAGACUCUCAUUCAUGCCAAGCAGACGGACGGGGUCUUUGAUCUCCUCCUGGCCGAGCAGUUCUAUCAGGAGGCCUUUCUGGCCCUGGCUCACAUCUACAAGAUACCCGUGGUGACCACGAGUACGUUGGGCUACGUGAACCACAUGAGCCAGAUGAUGGGUCUGAUUACGCCUUGGUCUUUUGUGCCGCACGGUUUUAUGCCCUUCACCGAUCGAAUGAGUUUCCUGGAUCGGGUGCGCAACUCCUAUGUAUCCUUCUAUGAAGACAUGGACCGGCUGCUCAACUAUUUUCCCAAAAUGGAUACUGUGGCCAAGGAGUUUUUUGGCCCCGUUUUGGAUGUGGUGCCAAAGGUCAGGCACAUGGAGCGAGAAAUCUCAGUAAUGCUGCUUAACAGUCAAGCACCGCUGACCACGGCACGUCCCACUGUGGAUGCCAUGGUGCCAGUGGGUGGCAUGCACAUCUAUCCACCCAAGGCACUCCCACCGGACAUGCAAGCCUUUCUGGACGGGGCCACCGAGGGGGCCAUCUUCUUCAGCCUGGGCAGCAAUGUCCAGAGCAAGGAUAUGCCGGUGGAAAUGCUGCGACUCUUCCUCCAGGUAUUCGGUUCACUCAAGCAGCGGGUGCUGUGGAAAUUCGAGGACGAGAGCAUUACCCAGUUGCCGGAAAAUGUGAUGGUGAGGAAGUGGCUGCCGCAGGCAGAUAUUCUGGCCCAUCGCAACGUGAAGGUUUUCAUCACACACGGCGGACUGUUUGGCACUCAGGAGGGAGUGCACUACGCCGUGCCUAUGCUGGGCAUACCCAUCUACUGCGAUCAGCACCUAAAUAUGAACAAGGCCGUUUUGGGCGGCUAUGCCAUCAGUCUGCAUUUCCAGUCGAUUACCGAUGAGAUCCUCCGACACUCCCUGCACCAACUCAUCCACAAUUCGACGUAUAAGGAAAACGUACAAAGGGUCUCAAACAUAUUUAGGGAUCGACCGCAGGAGCCCCGCAAAAGUGCCGUCUAUUGGAUCGAAUAUGUAAUCAGGCAUCGAGGAGCUCCCCAUAUGCGAUCCGCAGGCCUCGAUCUCAACUGGUUCCAGUUCUAUCUGCUUGAUGUGGUAGCCUUUGUGGCCGUCAUUGGCUUGACCGGCAUCCUGGCCCUCUUAUUUGCCAUUAGAUUGUUGAUGGGCAGUAACAGAAAGCACAGGAAAGUUAAGAAAAACUAAUUUGUUCGAAGAAUUUAUUAAAAUGCUCUUAGGAAUUAAUAUUUGAAGGUUAAUUGGUAAACAAAAUGUAACAAUCGAGUAUAAGAAAUGUCAGUAAAAGUAAUAUUCUCAUUAAACGUGUGGAAACAUUGUA